AUGGGGAACCAAGUUUGGAUUUUCAUGAGUUUGCUAAUUAUUAUGUGUGCGCUGAUUAAUCCAAAUCUCUCUUUGGAGGAGAAUGAGAAGAAUAAGGACGGAGGAAAGGUUGUAAGUAAGCCUGAGAUGUUCUUCAACUCAGGCUCAGGUUGGAGCAAUGGAGGAGGAUCGAAGGGAUGGAGUUUUGGACGGUCAUUUAGUUUUGGCAAGGGAAAUGGCUUUAGUUAUGGAUUUCAUUCUGGUGUUGGGAGUUCUGGUGGGGAUGCUAGUUCUGGAAGGUUAAGGGAUUGUGUAGGCAAAGGUAGGGGUGGUGGUGGUGGCGCAGGUGGCGCAGGUGGUGGUGGACAUGGUGGAGGUGGAGGUGGCAUUGGUGGUGGUGGUGGUGGUAUUGGUGGAGGUGCUGGUGUUGGUGGAGGUGCUGGUGGUGGUGGUGGUAUUGGUGGAGGUGCUGGUAUUGGUGGUGGCAUUGGUGGAGGUGGUGGUGCUGGUAUUGGUGGUGGCAUUGGUGGAGGUGGUGGUAUUGGCGGUGGUAUUGGUGGAGGUGCUGGUAUUGGUGGAGGUGUUGGUGGUGCUGGUGGUAUUGGUGGUAGUGCUGGUGGUGGUGUUGGUGGUGGUGGUGGUGGUGGAGGAACCGGAGGGGGUAUUGGAGUUGGUGUAGGAGGUGGUGGUGGUAUUGGAGUUGGUGCUAGUUCUGGUGGCGGUGUUGGUGGUGGAGGAGGAGGAGGAAACAGAGGUGGAAUUGGAAUUAGUGCAGGAGCUGGUGCUGGUGCAGGAAUUGGAGGUGGUAUUGGUGUUGGUGCCGGUGUUGGAGUUGGAGUUGGAAUUGGAGGUGGUGGUGGUGGUGGUUUAGGUGGUGGAGCCGGUGGCGGUCUAGGUGGUGGAGUUGGCGGUGGUGCUGGUAUUGGUGCUGGAGGUGGAAUUGGUGGUGGUGGUGGUGUUGGCCGCCGCGCGCUGCCUCGCCCUUGCCCUCUUGCGCAUGCUGCUGUUGGCAGCCGCAAGACGCCGCUGGCCACCAGCGGUGCUUUUCCAUGGCUCUCGCCGUGUUUCAUCUCGCAAAAGGCGGAUGUUAUGCUCAACGGCAAGAAUUAUAAAAGCAUGGUCGCUCCACUUUCACGCGUGCUUCUUUCGCUGGACUUAAUCUUUUGGGUCAUGUUGAUGGUACCCGUCCGGCUCCGCUUUUCUAGUGCCGCCUCUUCGGCUCUUCGCUCACGCUUGUCGCCGCGCCUCUUCCACGCACUACAUCGACUUGCUCAAGUGGACCGAGGAUGA